GGUAACUCUCGAUUCUCCACCCAAGCAGAAGAUUUCAAGUAGGCAGACAAUGAACAUUGACAACUAGACAAAUUCAGUUUGAAAAGAUCAAUCAUAAUUUAAUCUGCUGCUUCUACAUAUUUUUAUUUAAAUUAAUCUCAGCCGGCUAGGGAACUUGCUUUAUCACCCAUUUCUUUAUCACUUUAGAUCAUAGUACGCAUAGCUUACCGUACGCUGUCAUACAUUUUUCAAUCCUCAAAGAAACCACUUUAAAAAUGAUGCCGUAUAUUUUGCGUAUUUUGCACUGUUCUGGAACGCCACAGGAUGUCCCUACUAUUGCGAGGAAGUUGCGAGAGUUUAACAUAACAGAACAGGUAACAAAUGAGGAACUCGAAACCUCUAUCAAGGAGUCACUAGAACGAGCCAUGAGCAUGGGACUUGUCCGGCAAAAUGCUGAAACCAAUACGUACAAACUUACCUUCAAGUGGUUUUUGCCCGAAUCACAAUCCUUCCAGCGCGAACUGUAUGAGGUUGUACAAAACAUGCCGGAAGCUCUGAAUGAUUCAUUGGUUAGUUCAUCAGAAGAAUUUGCUGCCACUUCCCAUAUGCAAUUGGGCUGUAUGGGACCGGGUAUGCGACAACGGCGCAGUCCUGCCCAAAUACGAGCUAUUGAAAUAUAUAAAAGGAUGCGUGAGCAACGCGAACGGGAAGAACGCGAAGCAGCAGCACGUGCCAGAAAACGGCGUAAUUCUAGGUCUCAGUCCCGAUCACGAUCACGCACACGUCGUUCUAGUUCGAACAGAACGCGUCUACGAUCAAAGCGUAAUCGGUCGUCGACGCGUUCAAGAUCACGUUCGACUCGUCGUGCUCGCAGCACUAGCCGGUCCCGACGACGUUAAAAAUAGUGAUGAACCAUUGGUUUUUUUAUCCGAUAUAAAUUUGCUUUAAGCCAAAAUUCUUGUUUAUAAACCGGUAAUGAUUUUUGCAACCUGUUUAGUACUAAAACUUAAGUUGAUUUUUUUUUCACUCACCUGCAGCAUGUUGAGCAACACGUUGAUGUGAUCAAUACGGGCCGGAAGGGUCGGAAUGGUCAGGAUCGUGUCGUCCAACUUACUCUUCACAAGCAUAUUGUUCACUGCUAGUGUUGGGUCAAGUAGCUCUUUUGCAAGAGCGGAGCGCACCGCUCUCGCUCUGUAAAAUGUGCGGUGCGCUUGAGGUAGCUCCACACAGGAGCGAUUGUGCGAUGCGCUCCCGCGAGCGAUGUUUC